AUGAACUUAGAAGUUCAAAUCAUCUGCGUAGACUCUUAUCAAUCUGAUCCACCGUCACAGUUUGAAGAAAAACUUGGUCUACCACAAGCCCCAGUGCUAAGAGUUUUUGGUAAACUCGAGACAGGCCACACUUGUUGUGUUCACAUCCACAAUGUGUAUCCCUACUUACUGAUUCAGUGGGAGGGAGAUGAUCUUGAAAAUUUACGACAUGAAAUUGACGAGAAGCUUCGAAUGAGUUUUGGAAAACAGGAGUUCAACGGGCUUGAUGGCCAGGAAUAUCAAGAGUUUCCGGAAACUAAUUCAGUUAUCUCAGAGAAUCCAGAACUUAUACCUCAGCAACAAACAUUCAUAGCUGAUAUUUAUAGAGUUAAAGGGGUGCCAUUUUAUGGAUUUCAUGUUAUGCACUCCGCAUUUGUGAAGAUUUGCUUAUUAAAUCCGAAGUAUGUUCCCAAGCUUUCGAAACUUCUGAGUGAAGGAAAAAUAUUUGGAUCCAAGAUUCAACCAUUUGAAUCACAUAUUCCAUAUACCAUGCAGUUUCUCACAGAUUAUAACUUGUUUCCAUGUGACUGGCUGAAGAUCAAACAAUGGUAUUGGAGAUCCCCUUUAAUUGAUGGCAAUUCACAGCUGAAUCAGGAUAAACUCAACAAGCGUUUGAAAGAUUAUCUAAACCCAAGGAUCAUCAAUAGAAAAAACAAACUAAACGUUCUUUCUGCAAGUAGCUUUCAACGAAUUACUAACUCCUUUUUUGAAGCGGAUAUAAACGCUGAUUGGAUAUUGAAUAGAGACCAAUUACGGGAAAGAGAUCUACAUCGACUUCUGAAUCUUGAACCAGAUGUCGAAUCCCAGACAGAAAAGUAUUUGUCUUCUACAAAAGGCAUAAUUGAAGACAUCAAGUUUCAACGAUCGGUCAACAACGUUGAAGAAAAAACUCAAGCAACCUUGUUCGAAGAUAGUGAACGAGUACUCAAGCCAGCACUUUGGGUCGAUCAAGAAGAGCUUGAGUUACAGUUCCAGCUUGCGAUCGAAUCAUCCAUAGCUGCUUACAACUCAAAUAGACCUCUGAAUAUAGAGGUGUUUGGUGACAAUUCUAACCCCAAGUUGGCCAGUGUUCCUACUUAUUUUAACAGCGUAUCAGAGAAUAUCACGAAACCAGAUGUGUCUAAAUUUGAGUUGUUGCCAUUUACCAAUGAUAAUUUGAUGGACAUUUUGGUAAGCAGCCAAAAUUUUACAAAGUCUGAUUGCCUGACACAGAUAGAGCAGACUCAAGAUGAAUCUGAUGGUGAUCAAAUAUCAAGCACAGAUGAACUAAUUAACGACUGGUUUGAAAUCACUCUUCCGCAUCUAAGCAAUGAAGAUGAAUCUGAGAAUGUAGGAGAAGAUAUCCAGGCUUCUCCUGAAAAAUCGAAUCUCCCAAUUGAGAAAGAUUCGACUCAAGAUUGGGAUUCGUUUUUUUACUCCAGCACACAGAAUUAUUCGGCAAUGAAUUCUGACAAUCGGCCACUCUCAUUAGGAAGCUUCGAAAUCCCUUCAACAAAUUUUAGUGAUUUCUCUAAGAGUUUGGCUUCAAAAGGGAUGUUGAAAAUUGAGUAUCCCGAUCCUUUUUAUUCAGAUCCGAGCGACUUGAGGGAUCCAUACAUUUUUGCAGGUAGAAAGUUCACUUUACUUUCCAAUCACCUAUCAUGUCUGGAGCCAUAUUCUGAAAGUUGUUUAGGUCUCACAUUCACCAAAAGAAAGCCUAUUAACGGGAUUGUUUCUGGUCCAGAAUGGGAGUUCAACCUUACUCCGAGAAGUUUUUCAUACGUGAAGGAGUGGCUCUCCCAUGAAAGGCAAACAAAAUCGAUGAAACUAAUUACCCAGGUGUUUGGAGUAACUCCGAAUUCCAAUAACCAAUUUGUUUAUCCCUCCAUGCAUAACACUUCACAUCAAAAACCUUCUUUGGAAAGCCACUUACUCUCAUUGUGUGCUGAAUGUCAUAUUUCCACCGAGGAAAACAAAACUCCUAACCCUCAAACAGACGCCAUAAAGGCAAUUUUUUGGAGCUUUGAGUCCCAAAAUUCAAACAUUGAUCUACAAAUUAAAGAUUCUGGAAUAUUUGUUUGGCAAGAAAAUGUAACCGAGGAAUCAAUGAGAAAACUUCGACUUCUUUGCAAACAGCCUGUUGCUGUCUUGGGGAGCGAGCUUGAAAUUGUUCAAGAGUUUGUGUCACUAGUUGAAUACAUCGACCCCGAUAUUAUUACAGCAUUUGAGCCCAAUUCCAGCUCAUGGGGAUAUAUGAUUGAACGGUGCAAACAUGUCUAUGAUCUAGAUUUGUGCGAGAAGUUCUCGAGGGUUCAAUACAAGUUCAAUAAUAAAACCAAAGAUCACUGGGGGUAUACACAUGGUUCGAGUUUCAGGAUUACUGGUAGGCAUGUUCUGAAUUUGUGGCGGGCUCUAACACAUGAAAUUACUUUAACUAACUACACUUUGGAAAACUUAGUAUAUCAUAUUCUUCACUUGAGAAUUCCUCACUAUAACUAUGGUGUAUUGUCUGAGUGGUUUGAGUCUGAUAAGCCUCAAUAUAAGAGUCUUGUUUUGAAUUAUUUUACCCAGCGAGUAGCUCUAGAGAUGCAAAUAAUAACUCAAAUCCAAAUAGUUUCAAAAGUCACAGAAGAGGCAAAGCUGAUAGGCAUAGAUUUUUAUUCCGUUCUUUCCAGAGGAUCGCAGUUUAAAGUUGAGAGUCUACUUGUAAGACUUACCAAGCAGGAGAACUUGCUGAUGAUAUCCCCAAGCAAAAAAGAUGUGUUCAAACAGGAUCCCUUGACGUACGUACCUCUGAUCAUGGAACCGGAGGCUGCAUUUUAUAAAAGUCCCAUAGUUGUUCUUGACUUUCAGUCAUUAUAUCCUUCCUUGGUUAUAGCGUAUAAUUAUUGUUAUACUACAUGCCUUGGAAGAAUGCAAGGCUACGAUGCUUUUAAGGAACAGAUGAUAGGUGUGACAAAGAAUAAGCUACCAGCUGGUAUACUGGAGGUGUUGAAGCAUCAUAUUACUCUUUCGCCUAACGGACUCAUGUUUGUGAAAUCGAAUGUUCGUAGAUCUGUCAUUGGAAAAAUGUUGAUAGACCUUCUGGACACCAGAAUACUUGUAAAAAGUGCCAUAAAGAAACUAGGUAAUGACCCUAGGAUAUUACAGACAUAUAACAGCAGGCAGCUAGCACUUAAACUGAUUGCAAAUGUGACCUACGGGUACGCAUCAGCAACAUUUUCUGGAAGAAUGCCUUGUGCAGAUAUCGCUGAUGCUAUUGUGUCUUCAGCAAGAGAGACUUUGAACAGAGCAAUCUCCCUAAUUGAAGCAAACACUAACUGGGGCGCAAGGGUCGUAUAUGGUGACACAGACUCCUUAUUUGUAUAUCUUCCAGGGAAGUCAAAAGCAGAUGCCUUCAUGAUUGGGGAGGAAAUGGCAGCAGCCGUUACCUCGGAGAAUCCACAACCGGUGAAACUUAAGUUUGAAAAGGUAUACCACCCUUCUACUCUAUUGAGUAAAAAAAGAUACGUUGGGUAUAGUUACGAGAGGCCAGAGCAAACCGAACCGAAAUUUGACGCUAAAGGUAUUGAGACUGUUAGAAGGGAUGGUAUACCAGCCCAACAGAAAAUUGUGGAGAAAUCCCUGAGAAUUCUUUUUGAUUCAAGUGAUUUAUCUCAAGUCAAACAGUAUUUUCAAGCCCAGGUAACUAAAAUCUUAACCAACAAUGUUGGAUUACAAGACUUUUGCUUUGCUAAAGAAGUAAGGCUAGGAACUUACAAAGAAAAGUACAUACCACCUGGUGCUCUAGUUGCUUCCAGGAAAGCUGAUGAGGAUCCCAAUGCUGUACCGCAAUACAGAGAAAGAAUACCAUAUUUAGUAGUUAAGGGGAGAACAAAAGAACGGUUAAAAGAUCGUUGUUUAUCACCUGAAGAAUACCUUGCCCGCAAAGAUACAGAAUUUCUUGAGUUGGAUGCCCAAUACUAUAUUGACAAGGUUAUUAUUCCACCUUUAGAAAGAAUAUUUCAACUGAUGGGUGUCAAUGUCAGGUCUUGGUUCACUGAGAUGCCAGUAAUUCAAAGAAUAUCACCUUACAUCAAGCAGUCAAACACUUCUAAGCCGUCAACGAUCCACCAUUUCAUUACAGUACUACGAUGCUUAGUCUGUGGGACCAAUCUUCCAAGAGGCAAUAAAUCAAAAAUUUGCCGGCAAUGCCAAAAUUCUCCAUUGGAAGUAGUUACUAGUCUAGGAGCUAAAAUUCACAAUGCAGAAAAGAAGGUACAAAACAUAUUCAAUUUAUGUGAGUUUUGCUCUUCUGGGCAUGCUUUAUUUCUUCCCAACUUUCAAAAUUUCAACUCGGUGAAAUUUUUAACAGCUUCCAGUUGUGAGAAUCAAAAUUGUAUCUUAUAUUACAAACGUUUGAAAGCAGAAACAAAGUUGACCCACCUGGAAAAUGACGAGCUUGUGCAACUGAAAGCGUUGGACUGGUAA